GCCCCGCCUGUGGGCGGCCCCGGGCAGCAGGGGACGCGGGGAGCCGUGGGGCCGUUGAGGGUUACCGAGAGUCAGGGGCAUUUCCUGGGGCCGCGGGCGGGAUUCAGCACCGCUCAUCCGGCGUGUCUCUGGUGUUUCUGUUAAAGGUCCUGCUCCCGGUGAGGAGCACCUCAGCUUUCCUGUUCGCAGGCCGGGCUCUUCUAGACCCAGUGGCUGUAGAGAAAACUUUGAAAAUGCGAACCCCAAAUGCCCACAAACCAGGCGGCAGAUGAAAAGCACCCCACAUGGAGCACGUUUAAAAUAGGAUUUAAAAAAUUGCAUACAUGGCUGAUGAAUGCACCCAUGCAAAUGGGCAUCAGUAUUAAGUUAUUGUGUACGUUAUCUUGAUGUCAGUGGUAGGCCAGUAAAUGCAUUUCUAGAUGUUCAAGUUAUAGAAGACACCUCAGCUGCCUCUGCCUCCACAUCUUAGAAGAGUUAAAUGCUGGUCAAUUGGACCCCAAACAGAUGGCUGCUUGUGCAUUUGAUGGAGCUGCAAACUUCUCUGGAAGACAUGGUGGAGCACAAGCUUUGCUCCGAGAAAAGUGUAACCUUAGUCUCUCCUGUACACACUGCAGAGGCCAUCUGCUCCAACUAGCAUUAGUAGGAGCUGCAGAAUCUUCAAAAGACAUUUCAAAUGCUAUAAAUUUAAUGUCUUCAUUAUAUUCUUUUUUCAGCAAGAGUCCAAAAAGACUGAAUAGCUUGGAAAAUAUAGAAGAUACACUGGGACUGAAGUUCAUAUUAGUCCAACCUGGGAAAACUCUCUGGCUUUCUCAUGAGCGAGCCUUGGCUGUUGUCUUAAAAUUACUCCAGCCAUUAUUACUGGCUUUGGAAAGUAUCUGCCAAGAUGGGAUGGAUCUAAGUAGUGAGGCUGGUGGAUUACUUUUGCUACUAUGUUUAGAGAAGACUAUUGCCAUUCUCUCUCGGGCCAUUAAACAAUGCCACCCAGGCAUCUGCUACAACAGUAGUAGAUCUUUGUCCAGCAAUAGAAGCUACAUUUGGAUCAAUCAGAGAGCUGUCCAUUGAAAAAGUACUGGAAGAAGCAAAGACUUCAGUCCGGAAGUUGACUAAUGAAGGCAUUUAUAUUGAAUCCUUAAGUGAAGAGGACAAGAAGUGUUUAAGACAACUGAAAAAGUACAUAGACUUGAUUCUUAAAAAUCUACAACAGCGACUUCUAGAUUCUACUCAACCUCUAUGUAGCUUUUACAGAUGCCUGUCCUAUAAAACACAGACAGUUGAGUGGAGUGAGGCACUACCAGCAAUGGGGCUGCCGUGGGAUCAGGACAGAAUAGAGAAUUUGAACACAGAGUGGAAUAUCAUACGACGAAUGAAUGAAGAUUUGACUUCAACUUAUUUUUUAUCAUCGCUAGUGGCUCAACCCAAUCUUUGUGCUAUGUUUCCUGGGAUGAAAGAAGUAGGAAUUCAUCUCUUGCUACUCCCAGUCACAACAGCUACAGUUGAGCGUUCUUUUUCAUCAUUGAAUAGAAUUUUGUGUUCUGAAAAAAGUCGCCUUCUGCCUGAUCAUAUGAAUGAACUAAUGAGCAUAUCAAUUGAAGGAAUGGAAGUACCAGACACACGAGAAGCCACCAGAGAUGACCGCAUUGCAUUCAAGAAGUUAAUUAACUGAGUUGUGCAAAAUUAUAACAAGAAACCAAGAAGGAUGUAGAUGUAGUACUUCAUAGAAGGCUUGAGUAGCCAACUUUAAUUUGUGUGAUGAUUUUAAAACAUGAGUUAAAUCUAAUAAAAUGGUCAGAAAACAUUUUUCAGUUUUUACUAUGGUGCCAUACAGCCCACCUUCACCCUCACAGUCUCACCCCUCAUCAGCCCUGACACCCCCCACCGUAAAUUCAAACACCCCCCUAAUUUCAAUUCCUUGGGAAACCACUGAUAGCGGUUACAGUGCACUCCAGCUAAAAUAUUGUUUCAGUACUGGUGCUGGGUUUUUAUAUGGUUUUAUGUUUGCUAUGUCUGCAGCUGAUCAAAAAUAUAUGAAUAUGGUUUGGAAACUGUUUGUUAGUUUUGUUGGCAUUCAUUGGGCUUUUAUUAGAUUACAGUUUGCCUUUGGUUCUGAAUUCUAAAUAAAUAAGAUAUUUUUGGCACAAAAUCUUUAUUUUUAAAUGAUUUUACGAUGCCAGUUUUUCUUCGUUAUGAUGUAUAAAAUGUUUGGGGUUUUGUCAUUAUUGUAAUUAUCGUUGCUGUAGUUGUUGAUUUCCCGCUUCUUUUUUACCUUAGCAAUAUCAUAUCUUUAAGAUUAAGGCCUUGUCUACAUUAUACAGUUUUGUCGACAAAAGUCAGGUUUUGUCGACAAAACAGUGAAGGUGUACACACUACAAUGCUCCUCCGAUUGAUAUAACUCUUUUGCUACACCAGGGGUUGGUAACCUUUCAGAAGUCAUGUGCCAAGUCUUCAUUUAUUCACUCUAAUUUAAGGUUUCACAUGCCAGUAAUACAUUUUUAACAUUUUUAGGAGGUCUCUUUCUAUACGUCUAUAAUAUAUAACUAAACUAUUGGUGUAUGUAAAGUAAAUAAGGUUUUUAAAAUGUUUAAGAAGCUUCAUUUAAAAUUAAAUACAGAGCCCCCCCAGACCGGUGGCAAGGACCCGGGCAGGGCGAAUGCCACUGAAAAUCUGCUCAUGUUCCGCCUUUGGCACACGUGCCAUAGGUUGCCUACCCCGUGCUACACCAACAAAAUAAAACCACUUUGGCGAGCGGCAUAGAGCUUUCUACAACAAAGUUAGAGUGACACAGUGCCAGUGUAGACACUGUGUUUGUUUAUGUCGCCUCCAAGAGGUGUCCCACAAUGCCCAUCAUGACCACUCUGUUAAGCAGUUUCUACUCUGCUCUGCAUCCAGGUACACAGAUAGGUCCUCCUACCCUCUUAAAGUCCUGGGAAUUUUUGAAAUUCCACUUCCUGCUUGCUCAGUGUGGACAGCUCACAUCACAUCUUCUCAGUUGACCAUGCUGGCUUUCUGCAGCAAAUAGGCUUCCGCAUAGAGUAUACCGGAGUUGCUGGGUCUAUUGGGUGUGGGGAGAGGAGGAUGUGCAGUUGCAGUGCCUAUCCAACUAUAGGAACUUUGAACCUACAAGCAGAUUGCUCAUGGCAUGGAUGAGAAGGGACAUGAAAGGGACACGCAGCAGAGCCAUGCUAAGAUCACAGAGCUGAGGAGGCGUACCAGAAGGCAAGAGAAGGCAACCAUCACUCUGGUACGAUGCCAAAAACAUGCCACUUCUACAAGGAGCUGCAUGCCAUCCUCAGUGAUGACCCCACCUCCACUACCAAAAGCCCCAUGGAUACUUCAGGGGAACUGAAGGCAAUGGACAGCAGAGUCAAUCUCAAGGACAAAGUGGUGGACAAUGAGGUCGAGUUGGAAGAGGAUGUGGGACAGGUGACAGGCUCAGCCGGCGGCAUGGCAAGCCAGGAUCUCACUUUGACUCUGGAGUGGUCUAGCCAGUCCCAGCAGUCCAUCUCUGGCAUUCCAGAAGCAGGAGAGGGGAGCUCCAUUAAGUACUCAUUAUGCUUUGAUACUGCAUGGCUACAUGAGGAAACUUUGCCAUGCCAAUCGGCAAUUACUUCUGGAGUAACCAAAGCAGCACCCGGGCAAGCAGCAUAUGGACCCGAUCUGAAGCCACACACUUGCAGGAGAUGUAUCCUUGGAUCAUCAGUUACCCUCAGUAGUGUGAUUUCAGAUGUGCCCUUGGGGGCCAGCUCCUACAUCCUGGUGAAGUGCCUCUGUCAGAUAAGGAGGCAAAUGAGGAGGAGUAAGGAGGACAUGUUUCGUGAAUUGCUGCAAUCUUCAGAUCAGGCCAAGAGCGAGCACAGAGCGUGGAGAGAGACCAUAAACGAGAAACUAGAAAUGGAUAGCCAGGAGAGGAGACAGGCUCAGGAGCAAGUAAUAAAGCUCAUGCAGGACCAAACAGAGAUGCUGUGGUCCCUGAUUGUGCUGCAGGUAGAAUGCAUGUGUGCUCAACUCCUCCUGCAGCCCAUACAGAACUGCCUUCCUUGCCCCUCCUCCCCCAUUUCUCUCACGUUCCCAGCCCUUCGCAGUACUCCUUUCACUCCAUCCCUAGGGACAUUUUCCAUAAUGACAACUGGACUGACAUGCAGCUGUGAGAUCCUUGUGUCCCUUGUAAGAAAUGUUCAUCUGUGUAUUGCUGUUUAA